UCUCUUGAAAAAACCUAAAUUUCUCUCAUCUUCUUUCAUUGUUUACGAUCUGGUGGUUUUUUGUUUUCUUUCUGCUCUGUUUUGGACGCUCGUAAAUUUCUGUUUUUGUCUUCUUCUUUGGAUCAGAUAAAACUUUUUCUGUUCUUCUGUUGAGCUUAAUUCUCUCGGCUGAGUGAUAGAGCAACUAAAUCAGAGUUGAGACAAAGAAAAAAAGCUUCAGUUAAGCAUAGGAUUUCAGAAUGGAAACAAGCGACAGAAUUAGCUCUGGUGGUGUUAUAGGAGCAGAAGCUCCGAGGCCUUUAGAGAGUCCUUGUAACCAGUUUAUGCCUUCUUCAGGGAAGAAGAGGAGAGGCAGACCUCGUAAAUAUGGUGAAGCUAAUGGUACUCCUUUGCCUUCUUCAUCAACUCCUCUUCUGAAGAAACGAGCAAAAGGUGAAAGGUUUGGCGUUGGUGGUGGUGCUGGAUCAAAUUUCACUCCGCAUAUAAUCACAGUGCACACUGGUGAGGAUAUUACUAUGAGGAUCAUCUCCUUUUCACAGCAAGGACCACGAGCUAUUUGUAUUUUAUCAGCAAAUGGAGUGAUAUCAAACGUCACUCUUCGCCAUCCCGAAUCUUGCGGUGGUACUCUCACCUACGAGGGUCGCUUUGAGAUACUGUCGCUGUCUGGUUCUUUCAUGGAAACAGAGAAUCAAGGUUCAAGAGGACGGUCUGGUGGCAUGAGCGUAUCUUUGGCAGGUCCUGAUGGUCGUGUUGUCGGCGGUGGUGUGGCCGGCCUGCUCAUUGCUGCCACUCCUAUUCAGGUUGUUGUUGGCAGUUUUAUAACGAGUGAUCAACAAGAUCAUCAGAUACCGAGGAAGCAAAGAGUAGAGCAUACCCCUCCAACGGUAACGUCAUUGCCUCCUCCUCCGGCUUCAGUUUUUUCAUCGACAAACCCAGAGAGAGAGCAGCCGCCAUCCUCAUUCGGCAUCUCCAGCUGGACCAACGGACAGGACAUGCCGAGAAACUCAGCCACUGACAUCAACAUAUCUUUACCAGCCGACUGAGUUUGAGUUUCCAGAUGGAAGAUUAGGUUUCAGAUUAACUCUCUACUGUCUGUACAAUGGUUAGGACUUAGGAGGAUUGUUGAAGCUAAAUGUUAUCGUACCCUUAUCGGAUUGUCGAGGCUGAAUGCUACUGUACGCUUUCUUUUAGAACAACCUGAGCUUCUUCUACUUUUAGGGUAACUCUCUCUCUGAUGACUUA